AUGAAGGCACCUCUCCUGCUCUGGAUGCUGCCCUGGCUGCUCAUCUGCAAGUUCCUCUACAGGGUGGACGACUUUACCGAAUCGGACGUUUUCUACAAUGGUGUGGACUAUAAUCCCGAGGAAUACAUUGACUCCUUUACGGAUUUCCAGAAGCACGACUAUUUUCAGUAUUAA